GUUCAGUGCAGAUUCUCUAUGAUGGAACGCAUUACUCGUCAAUUUGUUUUAUUUGAAGGAUUAGCAAUUGGUAUCCUUUCAAUUAUCUACUCAGUGGAAGCUCUUUACGAUUAUUUUUUCAAUUACUCAAAAUACGAAGCAUGGAACUAUUACAACGUUAUCGACAGUAUUCACGAGAUAGUAAUCCCCAUUGAGUUGUGCUGGAUGUUGGCGGCUGGUGCUAUGCUAUAUGGAAUCUUUCGACGCGAUGUUCGGUGGUUCUAUCCAAUCAUCGGUGUCGCCAUUAUGGUGCUGUUGAUACAAUUUGUUAGAGAGAUACUUCUAUUUUGGUUUGAGCACGAAGAACUAUUUUGGGAUUUCACGCUAUUCUUCAAUCCGGUUAUUAUGCUUUGUAUGACGUGCAGAAGGAUUCUAGGAAUGAUGACGCUGUUGGCUCUGAAGCGGCUGUUUGAGUCGGAACAAAGUGCAAAUAACAACUUUGUUCGAUUUGAUGCAAGAAGUGAGAACUGCGAAGCAGUUUGAAAUAAAGUUUUGUUUUUUUAUUUCUUGUGCCAGAAAAGUUGACCCUCCAAACCCGGGCAUUUUACAAGAACAUCUAUAAGUUGGAAAAGGUAGCUCAAACAUCCAGGCUCAAACUCUCUGAAUAAUUUUCAUCUCAUCACAAAGUAGACCAAUAAUAAACCAAUUUUGUCAGUAUUUGUGCAAUGCAGUCAACAUACUGCUGACACAAAUCACAAAAAUAAUGAAAAUUACAAA